AUGGCUCAACAAGAGGAUCAGUCGGCGGUGAGAUUGACCGGAAAGGUUAGCUGGUUCAACGAUUCCAAAGGCUACGGUUUCAUCACUCCCGAUAACAACGGCGAAGAUAUUUUCGUCCAUCAAGUGUCCAUCCUCUCCGAAGGCUUCCGGAGUUUGACAACCGGCGAUGCGGUUGAGUUCGAAAUCAAGACGGGAAACGACGGGAAGUUCAAGGCCGACGAAGUCACUGCUCCAGGCGGCGCUCCUCUCAAGAAGAAGGAGGUUAGCUCUCGCGGCAACGGCGCUAGGCGCGACGGUUGCUACAACUGCGGCGUGGCUGGGCACAUGGCCAAGGACUGCGUUGAGGAGCGCGUUGAACGUGGCUCCGGAGGAACAGUGUGUUUCACUUGUAACGAGCCUGGUCACAUCGCUAGGGAUUGCGAUCGGAAACCGAGCGGAAACGUUGAGAGCCGCGGUGAACGUAGAGGAGCCGGAGGAAAAGGGUGCUACAAUUGCGGUGACCAUGGUCACAUAGCUAGGGAUUGCAACCAGAAGAGCGGCGGUGAACGCCGUGGAGCAGGAGGCGGCGGAGAGUGCUAUACGUGUGGUGGAGUUGGCCACAGGGCUAGAGAUUGUCCCACUGAGAGACAGCCCAAGGCUUGUUACGAGUGUGGUGGAUUUGAUCACUUGUCUCGCGAUUGUGAGCGGAGAGGAAGUGGUGGAAACGCUGGUGGAGGAAGCAGGGCUUGUUUCAACUGCAACAAGGAAGGUCACUUUGCAAGGGAUUGUCCUGUUGCUUGA